AAGCGAGGUGGAGGUUAAAAAAAAAAAAAGAAGAGUUAAAUAUUAUCUUCGCGGAGCCUCUGGGGAUGGCUGUUGCUUAAUCACAGCAAUUCGGGAUUGUGUUGGGACCGAGCUGGGCUCCGAAGCAGCCUGAGUCAGAUGCGAUCUCUGUGCAGCCGGGGCUUCUCCUGUGUAUUUACACUGUCUUUGUGCUGGGGGGGGGGGCGUAGCUCAGGAUGAGACUGGCUGAUUUAAUUAACAGAUGACUUCAUUGGAGCCAGCGAUGGUUCUCGACCAGCUGUUGGACCAUGGGGUGGUUGUUUUAGGGUUGCAGGUCGCCAGGUCCCAUGGGCAGCCCCCAUCCUGAAGGCACGGCCCCGAGGAUGGGCACGGGGCUGGGGGCACUGGCUGCCCAUCCCCGUGCUCCUUCUGGGCUCCCUUCAGCCAUUUGAAUGAUUAGAUGUGGUUUCUCAUUUUCAUCAGCUUGCAGACAAUGGGGCCGGGGGGAAGGCAAGGAGCCCAUCUCCCCUGUAUCAGUCAGGGCUGAAUCAACCCCAGGUCUUUAGUCCGAGUUAAUUUUAUAUUUUGGUUCUGUUUUCUGAGGGCCGGAGCGGCUGGCAGAUGCUUUAUGGCUUUAUUGUCCAGCCGGGAUGCUUGGGAGAGGGCCUCGGAGAAAACCACGGGGUUUCGCUGCCCUUCCCUGGCUAGCCCCGUGCAAGUGCCAGCAAUGAAGCAGUGAGUGCUCGGACCUGUGGGCGUCGUGGCACUGGGGCUGCCAGGGCAGCAGGACUAGCUGCCAAAAUCCCCCACGCAAGGGAUUUUUUUGCCUUGUACCCUCCAAAGGCGUUUGCUGCCUUGGGCUGAGCACGGCCCCACCUUGAGCACUGUGGUCAGUGGGUGAAUGCGGUCACCUUGCUCCUUGCCUGGACCCAGACGGAUCCCAUCUCUACGCUGUUUUUCCAGGCUCCGAGACAUGGAUAAUAUUGUUGUCUGCCCACUGCAGCCUGGCAGGAUUUAGUAGGGUUAAGCAUUAGGCACCCAGAGCCUAUGGAACAGAGCUAUAAUUGAUCUAAAAGCGCAGUUGUUUAUGCUGCGGGUGUCCCUUUGGGGUAGGAACUGGCCUUUUGGGUUGUAGCCUUGGGGACAGAGUUUCUGACAACGCUUUUGGAGAACGCGCUGAAAUGAAAGUAACAGCCCGAACCAUGAGCACGGACCCCCGCACCUCCUCAGCUUGCCCUGUCCAAGCAUCCUGUUGCACCGCUCAGAUGCUCGUGCCCACCGGAGAAGCAGCCUGGGACUCUGGCAUUUGCAUUCUCCAGUGCCCCAGGGUGACUGUAGGUUUGUCACUUCAUGCCAGCGUCCCACCCAGAGGUGCCACUGGCAUGGCUGGAGGGGUGGUGGGAGCAGGAGGGGACCGGGAGAUGUGAUUUGGGCAGCAGGAGGGAGAUCUGGAAGCCGCAGCACCUUGCCGCAGGACUGGCGAUGUCCUGGGCAUAAUGAUGCCAUCCCACCUCCGCUUGGACCCGGCACUGGAAACCACGAGGACAAAGCUGCCGCUCAUCUUCCUGGGGAGCCCCGAGUGCUCCCCAUGAGCUCGGGCUGAGGCAGACAGGGGCUACGAGGACGUGGAGUGUGGGCUGAGCCCCUCCGCCAGGCGCCGAGCCCUGGGAAGGGAGAGAUGGAGCAGAUCUCGGUGCGGUCAUUUUUACCUGCGCGGAGGCAGGUAGUGCAUCCCCACCGCCCGAUGCGUCUGCCACCUCCAUCACUCCCAGACAUGCAACGGGAUUGAAAUGCCGGGUGAAAGGCUGGGCUUUGUCCUGUAGUCGCACAGUGGGACUUCCCCACUGGAGGAAACUUGGUAGGGACCAAGCGCUUGAGGGACUGGACGUUCCUGUGGAUAUUGUAACAAUCCCAAGUGAUCGUAAUUAAAGCUGGCAGUUUGGAAGGGAUAUUAAACCUUCUGCAUCCAAGCUGACGCUGAGCAAUUUGAGAGCAGAAUGAGACCCCAUGGGGGAGUUGGAUUAAGCCACUCGGGCUUCCCAUGGGCCUUUCCCGCGUCCCUCUGAAGCGCCCGGUCGUGCCAACGGACCAAAGAGCUGGAAGUUUGCAGAUUCCUCCCAGCAGCGGCAUCUCCCAGGGCUGGGGCUGGAGUGGCAGCAGCAGCGGGGGGCCCGGGGCGGCCACUUUCCCAGCCUGACACAGGGGGACUCGGCUGCGGAAGGAACGGAGCAGCCUCCGGGUUGAGGGACAUGCCACAAGCUCAUUGUGAAGCCUCAGCUCUGCCAGGUGAGAGGAGCUGCGGGGCUGGAUACGACCCGUGGAGAAGAGAAGGAAAAUUGUUGGUGUUUGUGCUUCUGGAAGGGGGUGCAAACAGGGGGAGGGCAGUGAAUUGCCUUGGUGGCCUCUCCCCAGCUCCUCGGUAGGUGAUGCAUGGCCAGUGCUUGGGGCUUGAAUAGACAUGGUGGUAGGGGAUCUGCUUUGACCCCCCAGCUCCUGCUUGGGGAGCCCAUCUCCCCCCCCCCCCCCCCCCCAUCCAAGCAGAAGCACCCCUGGGGUUUUUCCCUCACCGUGCACCCAACCUUCUGCUCUUUCCGGGUCACCUGUGGAUGCCCAGCUCUUGGUGCUGGCAGCCUAUUUGGUGCAUAUAUGAAAUAUGGCCACUGCUCCAUUCCCCCCUCUACCACCUCCCACUUCCCCGGCAGCGCGGGGCUUGAGGGGCCAGUGGCUGGCGGGGGAGCACGGUGGUUGCCAGCCAGGGAAGGCGUCUAUUGUGCGGAGGCAGCAAGGCGUGUUUGCGUAGCCAAGCAAGCAAAUGUGCUGGGCGCUUGGCUCAGCAGACCCAUGUGCUGGGGCCGGGAUGUGCCUCCCAUUCCCAGACUGGUUUCGGAGGUGUGCCGGCGGCAUCCCCACCGUGGGCAUCGCUACUCCAGGGGUCCCCGGGCCAACCUCCCUGGUGUCGGCGUGGUGAGGGAAGACAGCCCAAAAAUUAUGGUGUGAGGCAGGGCUGAGGCUCGUGUUAGGUUUUCUGCCUGUUCAUAAACAGCUAUGGACUCCGGCUUGCUGUGUGCCGCAGUUUCCCCAUCUCUGUCAUGGGCAGAGCCAUGCUUCCAGCCCUCCCAGGCUUAUUGGGAGGAUAAACAGCGGUGGAGUCAUGUGCCGGGAAUCCAGGACCCCGGGGUCCACCUGGCUCGCUCUGUGACUCAGUUUCCCAGUCACCGUGAUGCUUGUUGAGUCAAGCAGGAAAACACCUGCCCAGAUGUGGCUGAUGGUUCCUUCUGCUCCUGCUUGGCCCCAGUGGUGGGAAGCCAGUGAUCAUUGGUGUGCGAAGGGCUGCGUUCACACCCCUCUCAUAGCCACAUUAGAGCAUCCUGACUUAAUGCUGGUAUUUAUUCAAUUGAUCUAGAUUUGCAGAUGCUGGAAAAAGAGCACCGCUGGCAUAAAUUGCUGAGCUCUGGCGUGGGAGCAGGUGGAUGCUCGCCGAUCCGCUCCAGUGCGAAGGCAACCAGUUUGGUUCCAACCCUCUUGGCCAGGACAGAAGUUGUUCGGCUGCCGAUUUCUCCCUCUGCCCUUCACUCAAAGUGGGUUUUUCUCAAGCAAAUGUCAUGCCUGGCUCUCGCGAGGUCUUGGCACUGAAUAAAGCUGGGAGAGAGCCACGCGGUGUGGGUUUGUGCUACCUGGUCCAAGGGGCAUGCUGCCUCGCCGGGGAUGGGAGGAGAGGAUUUCCCUCUUAGGAUUUGCCCUGCAGCUGUUUGAAAUAGGAAAGCUUUCUCAUCUAGAAACGCUUGGAUCUAUGUUUUUUUGAGCAUUUGAAUGCAAAAGAUAGUUUGUGUUUGAGGUUCAUGGACUCAAAGGCAGGAGAGACAGCGGCAGCGGCUUUUCUGACCACCCCGAAGCCCCAGCCGAGCUCUCUCUGCUUUGAACCCUGUGAUGUGCUCCAGCAUCAUCCCGAGAAGCCAUCCAGUCUGGACUUGAAGAUGUCAAGAGAUGGCAAAUCCUCUCCUCCCCUGGGGAGUUUGUUCUGAUGGUUAAUCACCUGGCUAUUAAAAAUGCGAGUUUUCCUCCUCGUUUACAUGCAUCUGGCUCUCGCUCCCAGCCCUUGGCGGUCGCUCCGUGUCUCCACGGCCUCGCUAAGUUGAAGCCACUUCUCCUCCUGGAGACGAGGCAUCCAUUUCUAGCCUUUCCACCUGAGCACCUUGUGCUCCCGAUCUGGCUUUCCCCACUCUGCCAGGCAAACCAUCCAAAAAAAAAAAAUCCCUCUCUUCCCCGCUGGAGCGGCCAAGUUGCUCCGCUGGCACUGGAGUGGCUGCGGGACAGGAGGACAAGGAGCUCCUGGCUCCAGUGACCUGCGGGAUGGCUGCUUGAUUUACAAAUUAACCUUACAAAACCACUGGGUUGGGGGUUAUUCCACCCACCAGCCUUUGCUGGGGAGAAUGUUCAGUUGUUUUGGUACAGGCAAGACAGAGGGUCCUCAUCGGCCAGAGCUGAGCCCUGGUCCGGAUGCGGAGGUUGCCCAUGGUUCAUCUGUGGAUCGUGCCAGAGCAAACCGUCCCACGCCGCUGCUCUGCUCUGGGAAAGCACCCCAAAACCUGCCCGUAACCUCUGCCCCUUCACCAGCUUGUGAUUGAAGGGCUGGGCUUGCUGCAGCCCUCUGCAGCCAUUCCCAUGGCUUGUUGCUCGCUCCCCUUGGAAAUGCGUGCCUUGUUCUCCCUCUGAAUGGAUCGACCUUCAUCUCCCAGCUCUGGCUUUGCUUUUGGGAACUGGAUGGCCCCAGGGUCCCCACACCACCGGUGCAGCCGUAGGGACCCCUGACCCAGGGGUGGACUUGAAGUGUGGCUGCUGGUCACGGGAUUGUGGUGGCCGAGGAGCGUUAAAUCCACAGGCUGGUGCCUUGAAUGACUGAGAUGCAUUGGAAAACCCCAUCUUGAUUUCGGCUGAUAAAUCAGCUGCACCUCUCCAGGAGUGCCUGGCUCUGGCUGGAGUGGGGAGGCAUGGGAGCAGUGCUCAGCCUGGCUUGGGACACUUCAGGGAGGGUCGCAUCCAGCAGCAGACAGCCACGUGGUGCCGGGGUAUGGGCCAGGGUGCCAGUGUGGUGUGGAGGUGAAGCCUGGGCAGGUUUUGGGCUGUAGUGGUGUCUGGGGGGUUUUCCAGCCCACCCUCAUUUUCCUCCCCUGCCCAUUGGGUGCUCACCGGGGGUCAAGGUGAAGCGAGGAGCUCUCAUGGGGCGGAUGCCCCCGGAGGGAACCAGAGUGGGUGACCUGCAGGACAAGGAAUUUGGCUGAUGGUGCCCAGUGUGCCCAGUGUGACGUGCUGCAGCUGUCCCCCAAACACGUGGCUGGGUGGCUGCCAUGGCACACGCAUGGUCCCGGUCCCCGGGGAGGGGAUGCCCCAAAGGAUGCCUGGCUCCUGAUUUCCUUCUUUCUUGCUUCCCCCAGCUUGACAGCAGACCCCCAACAGGGCCACCCUUCCUGUGAGCGGCCCCCCCCCAUGCGCAGCCCCCCUCCAGCGCCCGCCAGCUGGAUGCCGUCCCCACCGGAGGCUGAGGAUGCCUCAAGUGCCUCGGUGACCACCGGGACGGCGGAGAGCACCCGCCUGCAGCCACCCGCCUGCAGCCACCUCGCCUCAACUUCCCACACUGCCCUGCCGGUGGGCAAGCUGUUUUCUCCUGAGACGAGCCCAACCAAGUGAUCAAAAUAGAGUCCCUCAAGGUGACGGUCGACUUCUUGAAGGUGCCCCUGGGCCUGAAGAAGCCCCCUCUGAAGGAGGCCCUGGCCGCUGUCCCGGGGCCGGGGAGACCCAAGCCCCUUGGCGUGGAGCGGCACAAGCUCCAGCACUCUGACACCAUGGACAAUGAGUCGCAAUACUCGGGAUAUUCCUACAAGUCCGGGCAUUCCCGCAGCUCCCGCAAGCACAGGGAUCGGCGGGACCGGCAUCGCUCGAAAAGCCGGGACGGGAGCCGCGGGGACAAGUCGGUGACCAUCCAAGCACCAGGCGAGCCCUUGUUGGACAAUGAGUCGACCCGGGGGGAUGAGAGGGAUGACAACUGGGGCGAGACCACCACAGUGGUGACGGGGACGUCAGAGCACAGCAUCUCACACGAUGACAUCACCCGCAUCACCAAGGACAUGGAGGACAGUGCCCACCUGGACUGCUCCCGGCACCUGGGCGUCUCGCUGGCCGGGGCGCUGGCACUGCUUGCCUUCCUCACACCCCUCGCCUUCAUGCUCCUACCCCAGCUGCUGUGGCGGGAGGAGCUGGAGCCCUGCGGGACACCCUGCGAGGGGCUUUUCAUCUCCGUGGCCUUCAAACUCCUCAUCCUCCUGCUGGGCAGCUGGGCUCUCUUCUUCCGUCGCCCCAAAGCCUUCUUCCCUCGCAUCUUCGUCUUCCGAGCGUUGCUCAUGGUGCUUGUCUUCCUCCUUGUCGUCUCCUACUGGCUUUUCUAUGGUGUACGGAUCCUGGACUCGCGGGACCGCAACUACCAGGGGGUGGUGCAGUAUGCCGUCUCGCUGGUGGACGCCUUGCUCUUCGUGCACUACCUGGCCGUGGUGCUGCUGGAGCUGCGCCAGCUCCAGCCCCAGUUCACCCUCAAAGCCGUCCGCUCUGCUGAUGGAGCCAGUCGUUUCUACAACGUUGGCCAUCUCAGCAUCCAGCGAGCAGCCGUGUGGAUCCUGGAGAACUAUUACCAUGAUUUCCCGGUCUACAACCCUGCCCUCCUCAACCUGCCAAAAUCCGUCCUGUCCAAGAAAAUGUCCGGGUUUAAAGUCUAUUCCCUCGGCGAGGAAAACACAACGAACAACUCCACGGGCCAGUCCCGGGCUGUCAUUGCGGCAGCUGCCCGGAGGCGCGACAACAGCCACAACGAGUAUUACUAUGAGGAGGCAGAGCACGAGCGCAGGGUGCGGAAACGCCGAGCCAGGCUGGUGGUGGCGGUGGAAGAAGCCUUUACCCACAUCAAGCGGCUGCAGGAGGAAGACCAGAAGAACCCACGGGAGAUCAUGGACCCGCGGGAGGCGGCUCAGGCCAUCUUUGCCUCCAUGGCCCGGGCCAUGCAGAAGUACCUGCGCACCACGAAGCAGCAGCCCUACCACACCAUGGAGAGCAUCCUGCAGCACCUUGAGUUCUGCAUCACCCAUGACAUGACGCCCAAGGCAUUCCUUGAGCGGUACCUGAUGGCAGGGCCCACCAUCCAGUACCACAAGGACCGCUGGCUGGCCAAGCAGUGGACACUGGUCAGCGAGGAGCCGGUGACGAAUGGCCUGAAAGAUGGGGUGGUCUUUGUGCUGAAGCGCCAGGACUUCAGCCUCGUGGUGAGCACCAAGAAGAUCCCUUUCUUCAAGCUCUCAGAGGAGUUCGUGGACCCCAAGUCACACAAGUUCGUCAUGAGGCUGCAGUCAGAGACCUCCGUGUGAGCUGAAGAGGGAUGGUGAGGGGUCGGGGGGGGAGACCCUCUCCGCACCCCUCCGUCUCAUCCUCGCCAUCUCCGACGGGGCUCAGGGAGGCCACGGCUCGAGGGCAGAACUGCAGCAGGCGCCAGGAAGCAGCACCUAUGCCCGGCUCCAUCACCUACCUGUGAGCACUCACCCUCAGCCUCGGCUUGGCCCCCGUUGGGGUGGGCUGAGCCCCUUCCUCUUCCUCCUCCUCCUCCUCCCCGAAACCCAGGUCCUUGUAGCAACCCCCCAGAAGGCACAGCCGGCGGAGGACAGUGGCACGGCCAGGAAGGAGACAGUGUUUCGGUGCCAUAACUCAAGGGCUAACUCUACAUGUUCUUCACCAGCGUCUUCAAGAACCAUCAGGUCCCCAGGACCUUCUGCGCUUGCACGUUUUCUACCUGGCAACUGUCCUGGCUCUGGCCUUAAACUACUGCCUGGCAUCUGGGGCUGGUUUUUAAUCCUAGAGAUUUUGGAGGGGGAGUAUUUUGCAAACACCUCCGCGAUCCGUGGCUGCUAUGAAAACCUCCCCCAGCAUCCAAGACACCGGAGUGGCGAUGCUCCUGGCUGUAGGAAUGUCCUCCUCGCCUCUCUGCUGAUGGUUUCUGUGCUCAGCUCUUAACAAAAGCAAGUGAAAAUCUGGUUUGUAAGAGAAGCAGAAGGUUUUUUUUUAUAUGGUUUCCCUGCUCCCGAGGUGACCCAU